AUGUGGACUGAUGAGGAUGCAUUUUAUAUCUUUUUAUGGUAUCACAAAGCAACAGCCAAAUUGUACUACAUAGGAAUUAUUAUUGAAAUUACAGCCAAACGUAUUAUGAAUUCUGGGUACAGUGUACCACAAGCGUUUUCAUUUCUCACAACUUUUUAUGUGCUCAGUAAUAUUUCGCUUUCACAAGGAACAGCUAGUGAUUUAAGCGAACCUAUAGGUCCAAAUUUAAACGACUUUGACUUAACAGCCAUUUACGAUCGUUUCGUUCGACCGUAUAAAGAAAAGGGGGUUGAGUUGGACCCAACAUAUUUUCCUUAUAUUAAUAAACUUCCAGGAAAAGUGAAGAUAAUUCCAGAUAAAAGUCUCAGAAAACUUACCAAAAAUCAUAAAAAAUGGGGAGAAAAAUAUCCACCAGAAAAAUAUCCGCUAGAUGCUAAAACUAUCGAACAUAAUAUGUUGAACUUACUUAAACCAGGGCAAAUUCCAGGUUUUAAUCCUGCUGAAUUUGGCUUGGACGAUGAGAAAAAAUCAUAUUCAACGUCAUGUUCAACGUCAACGCAUAAUAAUAAUUCUCGUUCUUCAACAAAAAGUAGCUCCAGUAGUAAUUUAGAACUGGCUUCCAGUACAAACGGAGAUGAUCGGACACAUGAGAAGAAAAAAAAAAAGAAGCAUAAACAUGAUAGUGAUUAUGAUGUAGAGAAAAAAAGAAGACAUAAACAUGAUAAAGAACAUAAAAGAAGUUCUGCUGAUGGAGAAUACAAAAAGAAAAAGCGAAAAAAAGAAGUUGGUAUUAACAAUGAUGCGGCUUAUUCGAAUCUUUCCUUGAGUACGACCGCAUAA